GUAUAAAUAAGAGAAAAGAUGAAGGCCAUUGAUUGAAUUGUGAAAAAUGUAAACUAUAUUUUAAAAAGUCAAUUUUUCAAACCAAUCUAGUAGAUCUACUUGCAGUUCCAGUGUCACUAUCCAGCAAACCAAACAUGGCACGGGGUGGUUCCAGCAUUAUGUUUGAUAUGUAUGAGUUGUGUCAACAGCUUAAGCAAGAACACCUGUUCAUUGAUAAAGAACGGGAACAUCUUCAAAAGAUUUAUGAAGAUGUCCGCCAAGUUGCCAAAGAUCUCUUUCACACAGCGUGGAUAGCUCGUCAGCAGAAAUCGAGUCUUGAAAGGAUGCUGUCUUUAGGCACUGGAGUGAAGCGUGAUGAUAUAUGUGCUCGUCAUAAUGAAAUGGAGUCAAUAGCGUUUAUUGAUAGUUAUAAACAAUUAUCAUACCAUGAUGCCAAAUAUGGAGAACUUAUGAAGUUUUUACGUGAAAAUCCUGUCUUAUUAACUCAUUGCAUUUUAUUAGGUGAAAGAACAGAUGCUAGUAAUGUAUCUAAGUAUAUUAAUAUAUUGAUGUCGUCUAUAUACAGCAACUGUAUAUUGACAGAAGAUGAAGGUUAUGUAUUACAGAUUAUUAAAACUCUUAUUGAUCUGCAGUUGACACAAGAUAGCAGUCCUCGACGUCUGCUUAGGAAAGGUAACUGUGCUUUCAGCAUUGUCUUUAAACAGUUCAGCGAUUCAAUAUUUUCAGCCAGGUUGUUUUUGACAGCAGCGUUACAUGAUCCAAUUAUGAGACUUCUAAUGGAAGAUGAAUGGUUUUAUGACAUUGAUCCGACGAAAGCCCUAGUGAGAUUCCCACCAAAGGAGAGACUGAAGCGUUUUGGGGAACCUGGAUCAGAAGGCCACCAGAAGAAAUUAGAUGACUAUCGUAAAUUUAUUGUUGAUAAACUGGUACUAUUGUCUUCACGCUUUGUUAACUCCAUAAAAGGAAAUAUACAUUGUUUUCCAUCAAGUCUAACUUGGCUUAUCUCCCAUGUUUAUCACAGUUUGCUGAAAGCAGGUCAAGUCAGUAUGGCAGAAGUAAGAGCUACUUGUGCCGAUCUUGUGUUUGCUUUAUUUAUCUGUCCAGCAAUAUGUGAUCCGGAACCUUAUGGCAUAACAACUGAUGUUCCUAUCAGCCAUAUUGCUCAGCAUAACUUGAUGCAAAUGGCCCAGAUUGUUCAAGUUCUUGCUGUGUCCUCUUAUGAAGAAAUAGAUGAGAAAGUUCGUGAUAUUUAUAGUCGUUUUGAAAAGGGUUGUAUGACAAAUUUUAUAGAUGCUUUAAUACAUAGUUGUGUUGAUGAGAUACCAUCUGCUGGUAGUAGCCAGACACAAUCAGUAGAACAGUCUGGUAUUCUUAUUACAACUAGACAACUAAAUGAAUUGAUCGAAUUUUUACGUUUAGCGCAGAGUCAAAGGGAGGACAAAAUUCCAGGCUGUGCUCAGUUAGAGGAGAUGUUAUCCUCUAUUCCUAAUAUAAUUAAUGUUGCAUCUAGUGGGGGCGAUGUAAAAACACUUACACCUAAUCAUACACCUAAUCCAACACCUCCUGGAACACCAAGUUCACAGAAAAAAAAUGCAAAAGGUUUAAAGAAGAAACAUUCCAAUACUAACUUGACACUAGCACUUGAUUAUCAAACCGAUAGUACUGAUUCAACAAAUAUAACACCACCAGAAGAUGUAUUAGUUAUACGGCUAGGUAUAAUGUCUGAAUGUCCCGGUAUGAUGACAGAAAAUAAGGUACUCUCUUUAGAUCAAGAGUCACGAAAGCGAAGAGUUAAGUAUCAAACACCGGCAGAAGAUAGUGCUGUGACAUCAGGUGCAGGUGUUGUUGAAAUUCAGGAAAAACGUACAAGAUUCUCUUUAUCACAUGACCAAGAAUCUAUAGGAAAUACAAGUGACUAUCAGGAAGUGAUAUCAGAAGCAGCUUCCAGUCAUUCUGUAGAUAAUGAUGAUAUUGAUCAGGAUCUAGAGGAAAAUGAUAAUGAUAAUUUGUCAGAUAUGAUGUCAGCAAAUGUUAGUGGGCGUGGCUCGCCGAGUAUCAGCGGCAGAGAUACACCCCUGUCUCAAGCAGGUAGCGUGGAAGAACGAAAUAUUACAGAGCUCUCUGUUCGUGUUCCUGUUACUGUAAGGAAACAGAAUCGAGAGGAUGUCACAGAUAGAUUUGGAAAAUUUGAAAUUAAAACCGAGUUUGAAAGAGAUGAAACAAAAUCUACUGUUAGUGAUACAUGGAGUACAGAUGUAUUAGCUAGUGAUAGUGAACCACCAGAACAGAAUCAGUUAGAACGUUUAGUAGAAGUAGUAGAAGAUAUGGGUAUGCCUAAUCUAGUUCCACCAGACGAUACAGACUCUACAUUUCCGCCUUCUGAGAUAUCUGAGACUGCCAGUGAUGCAUGGAGUACUGAUGUAUUAGCUAGUGAUACAGAAGAAAAACAGUCAGAAUUAACAGACCUAGAUCAGGAUGAUAUAGGUAGUAUAACAGGCAGAUCAGAAAUAUUAGAAGAUUUAGAUUUAACAGGUAGUGAAGAAACACCACAAGCUUCAGGUGGACCAAGUCCUCCUGGUGAAGGAGAUCUUGUUGGUAUAGGUGCUAUAGGUGGACCAGGUAGAGAUCAGAUUGCUACAAAUAAGGGUAAUGGUUUGAGCGAUGAAGCCCAUGUUAGUGAUUUAGUUUAUAAUUUUAAUAAAUUAGAGAUGAAGAAAAUGGCACCUCACCCAUCUCAACGGCUUCCUUCAGAUUCUUUACAAACUACCGAGGGGCGGGUUAACUCUGUCAUUCAUGAUUUGGACAAUAAAAAUGAUUCUGAUGAUGUUUUCAUUCCCAUUGAUGCUCCCACCAAUUUUGGUGCACGACCUAAAGAAUAUCAUCGCCGUGGCAACAAAACUCAAAUGAAAAAUUCUGAUGUUGCUUUAUGGGCAAGAACCAAUGGAAUUAAUGCUAUAGACUCACAAGAUCUGACCAAUAGUAAUGUAUCCAAUCAAGGUGCGAUACGCUCAUCAGUCAUUAAACCUAAACAGUUAAAUGUCACUAACACCACUACACCAGUUGCAACAGACUUACUAAUAGAUAUGCCUAAUGUUCAAACCGAUGAUCCUCGAUCAGCAGAAGAAACGGAUUUUGAUGAAAGAAGAAUAUCUGCAGCAUUGAGUUUAUUUGAUCCAUUAUCAUUGGAGAAUGAUCAUACAGAUAUAUUGAAAGAGGGCUCGAGUAAUCAAGCAUUCGGAACAUCUAGUAUAUCUCAUCCACCUCCUCCCACGAUUCCACGUAGUUCAGCACCCUUACUGUGUGUGUCAGAACCCUCGCAAGAUGGAAUAGAUCUUUUAACGGCAUCUAUACCUAUCAUGAGUGAAUCGGACAGCACCAUAGAUGACAAAGAUCAAUCACUUGGUCGGAACAGCCUAGAAGACCUUUCACCAGUAAAACGACGGGAUAGUAGUGACAGUAACCAUUCAGCUUCUUCCUUAAGACUAAAUGAAGGUGGUGCUGCUAAAGACAUCAGCAGUGAUACUGUUUCUCUACGCUCUGAUGACAAGGAUUUUUAUAUUGAAGGAAAGGGUGAGAAAAGUUCUAAAAGAGGUGGAAUAUUUCGAUCUUUAAAAGAUAAAAUAAACACCACUAUAAAGAAAAGAUCAACAAAAUAUGAAAAUCCUCUUAUGCCUAAUGGUGGUAAUGAGACAAUAGAUAGUCGUAAUAUUGAAUCUGCUAGACUGUCAGAAGAAACACUUGAUGAUAUUUUGGAUAAAUACCGUAAAAAGAAACCUGAAGAGGUGAGCCCAAGUGCUGAUGAUUUAUUAACCAAUCAGCAGAACCUAGAUCGUCCACUGCAGUCUAAAGAAGAAGAGGAAGCACCACCAUUUUAUGAUUCAAAUAAUUUAGAAGGUUGUUUUGCAUUCCAAGAUGCUAAGAGAAAGUUGCGUUUAGUUUUAAGUGUUGGAGAUUUUCAGAUGUUAGGAAGUUUGAAUAGUAGUCGUGAUGAUCCAAGACAAGAAAGUGAUUUGAUUGGUCUAUUAAGGGCACAGUUAGCAGAAGCUAUUAACCUACAGAACAAAGCAGUUGUAGCUCAACUACAUGAAGUUAUACGUUGUGUUAGACUCUUUGAUGCCGACGGUAUACGAAAGUUGAUCAAGAGUUUACGGGAGGAAUAUCGAAACCGCUCAGCAUAUAUUUCAUAUUUAGUGCGAUGUCGACAAGGACUGUUGGGUAGUCUAUCUCAUUUACAAAGAUUAUUAUCUAGAACUAGGAGAGAUAAAGAUAUAGGAAUUAAGCAAUUAGUGAACUCCUGUACACGUCUAUUCCUAGAACUAUAUGAGAAAAAAAUAAUCCAAUUUUACAGCGAAUUCCAGAAACUAAAAAUGGCAGAUGAAAAGACUGAUCUAGUUGAGAAAUUUUUAGAAUAUAUGUAUAGAGAGAUGGAACAAAAUCCAAUAUGGACAGCUGCUACAGAAAACCAAAUAGAAGAUGCUCGUCUAGCUAUAGAGAGAUCUAUAAUGAGUCGUAUUUAUACUAAUGCUCUAUUUCCUAAUGGUGAUGGUGAUAUAUCCAGGGAUCAAGUUUUUCAGCAACAUAUAAAAACCUUAAGUCAGAAUAUAAAACCUACACAUCGUGAUUUGUGUAUACCUAGAAUGUAUCAUUUUGAAUGCCCAUGGCCAGCAGCACAAAGGGAAAUAUUUAUGAUUAAUGCAUAUAAGACGCCAAAGGAUAAACUUGGAUGUGUGUUACGAUGUUCUACAACCAUUAUGAACUUAUUAAGUAUGGCUAAUGAAAAAUCGGUGCCAGCUGCAGACGAUUUUAUUCCUGUUUUAAUCUAUGUCAUUAUUCGAGCUAACCCUCCCUGUCUCCUAUCUACUAUACAGUAUGUGCAAAGUUUUUAUGAUAACCGAUUAGCUGGUGAAGAGAGUUAUUGGUGGUCCCAAUUCUCAUCAGCUGUUGAAUUUAUCAAGACUAUGGAAUAUAGCGAGUGAUACAAAGAAAUUAAGUGAUAGAAAAAAAAAUUGUUUAUGUACUACACAUGUAUCUGAUUGAAAAACUGGGAAUAUCGUAGAAAUGUCGACUUUUGUUACAAGUGACAGUUUCAAUUGUUGUGUAAUUUAAAAAUAUUUUUCAAAUUUUGUCUGUGAUGGUUAUAUUUUUGCUUUGGAUAAUUUUUAUGUUGCUUGAUUGAUUAAUGUUCUUGUAGAUUCUCUGCAACACUACCGUAAUAUAUAUUCUUGAAAAGUCUGACAGAUUAAACCUACCAAUGAAAUCCCAUCUUUAAAAUAAUCUCUAUUUCAGAUGUAAAACAGCCACAUUUAAAUUCUGGUUUAUUUGCCAUGUUUCCAAUUCUCAUAAGACUUUUGGAAUUUAAUUUUUAGUUGUUCAGGGCCUUGUUAAACAUAGCCACUUGUUGCGUCUCGUUAAAUUAUUUUUUUUCCUGAAGAAAUAGGAUGCACAUUGUUUGUUAGAUGUCUUUGAAGAACAAAAUUCAAAUUGGUAUGAUCUAACCGAGAAGUUGAUGGAACAAAUAUUAAAUAAAGUCAAUUUUGAUUUUAAAUUUAAAAAAUUGCCUAAAACUUACCCAGGUUCAUAGGAAUGAACAUAAUCAGUAAUCAAUGAUGAACUGUGAAAGCGUUAAGAGAAGUUUAGUUAAUGAAGUUUAGUUAAUGGUUGAUUAUGAUUUGCUAAUGAUUAAUAAUGACUAGGAUAUUAGUAAAACAUGUACUCAAUAUAUGGUAAUGGUAAAAUUUGGACUUGGGUCCAGGUACAACUAAAUGGCGACCAUCAUUUUAUGAAUACCAUUUCUUUUAAUACAUUUAUUAUUUAUCUACAUAAUAUUUAUAUGUAAAUGUUUGUGAUUAUAAUGAUAUUUAUUUUUCUUGUGGUGCUGUUUUUACAUGUUAUUGGAAUUAUAUAAAACUUAUAUUACAGUAACAAUAAUCAUUUAUAUUAUAUAGAUGUUUUUACAUAAAGGCAGUGUUAUUGACUUCUACAACCCAUCGUACAUGCAUGUGCGAGAAAUACUCUGAAAAUUGAAAUUAUAGGCCCAUCUGAUGAUGUAUAGACUUAAGUUAACCUGUAUUUACAGCAUUUUGCUUUCUUAGGAAUUUUUUACAAAAUUUGACCAAAUACCUAAUUACGGUAAAUGUUUUUCUCAUGUUUUUGUCAUUUAACAUUGCUGUUUUAUUUUUAUCUUAUACCCCCGCUCUACCAUCACCUCGUUGCAACAGGAACCGCGACUUGUCGCUGAACCAAACUGUUCUCCAGCGUUGAUGUGGCCAUACACUGUGUGUCUGAACCCGCUAAAGUCGGAUUUGAUGGUGUCAGCGUAUUUUAAAACAACUCUUUAACGGGACGUCUAGCUAGUAAUCCGGUUUCACGUGGACUCAGAUCCUACGCCGUCCAGGAAUUGCUACUGCAGUAGAGGUUGCUGUUGUUAACCAUUUCCUCAAAUGACGAAACCGCACGUGACAAUCCUGGGCAGGUGGGGUCACUCUUGUUUGGCCUGAGCUUGGGUGGUCACGUGUUGAACUUUGCUGUCAGUACCUAUCCCAAAGGCGAGAAAUUGUACCCUGGGAAACAUUCAACAGCCUGGCUACAUCUGUCUGGGAUUCACCUGCUUGUAACCGACCGAUAACGUUGUUGCAUUGGUCUUCGUUCAGAUGUGGCAUCACUUGGCUCAUUGGGUGUUUACAUGUGCAACUGAUUUUGAAACCGAGAACCCCAGAAUUUUAAAGGCCUUAGGGGUUUUAUGCAAAAAGCUUGCGAAGUUGUUAAACUUGUGUGUCUUGGUGCAAUCAAGUGAAAACAAAUUUCCACAAAAAGUAUGACCCGUCAUAAUUAAUGACUCUACAUUUAAAACCAAUAAUGAAUUUCUUUUAUCAUUACAUUAUGACAUUAAAAACAAGUAAGAUUUAUGGAAACAACGAUCCCGUUCAAAUUAAAAUAUGAUGAAAAAUGGGCUGUGCAUUUCUUUUUUUUAAGGGUAUAUAUUGAUUAAUGACCAAAAAAUUAUUACAACUUUCCUAAGUUUAUUGCUUCUUUAUGUUUGGUUGAGUUGUAAAGUAAAACAAGAUUACCUUUUUGUCCCCGCCUUUCAAAGAAAGCAGGGGACUAUUCAAAUGAGUUCGUCAAAUGGUUGAUGCUUUGGGGCACGAUAACUUUGGUUAUAAUUAAGGGAGAAUGAUGAAACUCUGAGUAUUGAUUCAUUAUAUCAUUACCCGUACGUAACUAACGUACGAAAAUUAAAUGGUAGCUAGGGUGGGUCUGUCAUCCAGAUUGAUAAUUACCUUGACUAAGGAACGAUCAGCAAUUUGAUUGGUCAAGACUUUGGAAUAUAACAACUCUGUUUUUAAUUUUAAUUGAGGUAGAAUGUUUAAACUUGAUGUAGAUGUUCAUUAAGUGAAUGUCUUGACUGAGUUCAAUGAUUAACAUUUCGAGCUAAAGCUAAGCUGAGCUAAGCAGUUUCAUUGGUUGAUGCUUUGGGACAAGAUAACUUUGAUUCUAUCUGAUAGAGAGUGAUGAAACUUAGUGUAUAGUUAAUAAUCAGUUUGAUUGUUUGAUACUUUUGAAAAAAAUAAAUGUGCGAUUAAUUAAUAUGUGUCAUCUAUUUAUUUGAGGAUUUCGGCGGGGGACAUCAGCCUCAUUGUUGGCUUGUUAUAUAUUAUAAUUACAUUUUAGUAUGGCUAUUCCAGUGAACAGUAUUUAAUCACAAAUCAACUAUUAUUCUAAAUUUCUGAAUGGCUUAAUUUUGAGAGUUUAACUGAAUAGUUUUAUUAAAAGUUGGCAUAAAUAUUAUGAACGGGUUUAUAUUUAAACAUUGUGAAUAUUUGAACAGUUUCUCUUUAUCUUACAUAGCUAUAUAUCUAUUUUGCCCAGACCAAUAUUAUUUCAGUCAAAGCAAUGACAAUAUGGUCUGUGAUGAUCAAGACUACCAUUACCAAACAAAUCUUGGCAAAGUAUUUAAUAGACCAUAUUGAGUCAGACACUAUUUUGCAUAGACCAAUAUUUAUUUCAGUCAAAGCAAUGACAAUAUGAUCUGUGGCGAUCAAGACUACCAUUACCAAACAAAACUUAGCAGUGGACCAUUGUGUUAAAUAUAUGUUAAGAUUAAUACAGUUCUAGAGUACAGAGUACUGUAAUUUAUUUUUUUAUAACUACCAUAUUAUUUAUGUUUACAUGAUAGCUUUUUAUAGUUGAUGUAUGGAUAUUAUUGAGUAAAAUAAUGGCAGUUCAAUUUAUUUGUACAAAAUCAUUUUUGUUCAUUUCUUUCUAUUUUUUUUAUUUAAUGUGGACAUAUUGUCAUUACAUAUACCUCCUGUCUAAGUAACUUGUUAUACAUAUGGCAUGCAAUAGGGUAGUAUUUUUAAAAGAUUGCUUUCAAAAGGCAACAUUGUUAAAGGAAGAACUCUAUUGAAUUUGAUUUUCCGAUUACUUUUGUCAAUCAUUUUUUUCUGUUUUCAAAUAUGGAUUGAAUUUGGACUUGGUUCAAGCCUUUUAUAUUUUGUCAGUAGCUUUGGUAAUGGACAUUGCUCAUUCAACGGAUUUUGCCACGCUCAUACAGUACUGGUACAUGUAAAUACAUACAAGUGUAAAUUACACUAAAAAUUAUAAGAACUAUAACUUUGAUUUAUGUGAAGAGUUUUUUCUACCUCACUCUUUUACAAUAGAAUAUUUUAAUCACUAUUAGUGUGAAUUAUAUCUAUCCAUAUAUUUGCUUAAUUGAUGUAACAUACAUAUAAGUUAUUCAGAUGUGGCAUGUUAUUUAAAUUAUUGAAAGUUUUUAUUAAUAAAUUUAUAUCAUUCUAUAUUAAAGAGUUUUGAUCUCUUGUGUCCUUCUGUACCAGUGGUUGUAUCAUUAACAUCACAAAAACAUUUCUGCAUUGAAUAUAUUGGUAAAUUAUUUCUGUAAGUAUUAUUUAAUGUGUAUUCAUGGAUAUUUCCAAUAUAAACAAGCUAAAAAUGUACUCAGUGUUUGUUGUCAAUGAGUGAGAGAGAGUAUAAUUAUAAGCACACAUAUUUAUAUAUAGUACAAAACACAAAGAGUGUGUGGUGUUAUUUUCGUUGUGUUUAUUCUCACCUUGUUAAUGAAGAACAUGUCAUAGUUUUGUUGUGUAUUAUAUAUAAUUUAUUUACUGUUAAUAUAUAUAUAAAUAUAUUUAUCUUUUCUUGUGUAUAUACAUGUACAUGUAUUCAUGUAUGUAUACAUUUUAUUGUCUUAGAGAAAAUAACUAGAUAUUGUUUUGGCGGCCACAAACUAUGGCAAUUCGAUUGUGUGCAGCAGAAAUUCCAUGAGCUAUCAACAUAAUUAUUUUAUACUAUCACAAAUUUCUGUAAAGAUCUAUGAAAAUACUGUGGAAUAAUACCAGAAUAAUAAAUGGAAACUGCUGAUUAUGGAUAAAAUGACUAAAAAUAGCAAAUUCCAUAUCUGAUCUAAAAUGGCUGCAUGACUGACCACAAUCCCAAAAAUCGCACAGGUAUGUGAUGACAAAACAGCCCUAAAAUUAUUGUAUUUCAGUGACUUGUUCAACCUUCCAUAUAAAAUCAUACAAUUAAAGCUGGCUUUAUUCGAUACAAUAAAAUAAAAAUAGAUUCUGGCCAAAAAACUCUUUAGAAGACUUGUCAAUAAUGAAAUUAACAUUUAGUCAAAAUAUAUGACUUAAUUUUGCUUGAUACAUCUUCUGAAAUAAAAUCUAAAACAUCUACUGGCUGUGUCUACUCAGUAAACAAUGUAUAAUUUACAGUGCAAAAUAUAUUGGGUAAAAUACCAGCACAAAGAUAUACCUCCAGAUGUAGGAGUGUACACACUUUACAAACUUAGAUAUACAUUUCUAAUAAUACUCAAAAUCUGAUGUCAGAAGUUUAUAUAGUAGCCGAAGAGUAGAUUUGAUAAUAGGAGAAAAUCUUUGAGUAAUUGUGUGUUUGGAUCAGUUUGAAGUAGAAAUUGUAUAUUUCUAUUAUAAACAUGAUGUAUACUAGUAUAGGAUACCAGGUUCAAAUAAAAUUACUCUUUUGCCUAUGGCUACAAUGUGAAUCUGUUCACUUUUUACUAAUUAGCUGAACAAUGUAUAGAUUAUUCUAAUAUUUCUUUUACAUUUACAUGUAUGUAAAAUCAUAAAUAAUCUAAUUAUGAGAUUUUACUGUUAUUCAACUUUCUAAUUUUGAUAAAUUUUCAUAUUUCGAGUAAUUAGCACAAUUAAUUACUUUCCUCAGUGAAUGUUCGGCUAUAAUUUGAUUUAAAAAUAUUUGACUGUCUUAUUGAUAUCAAUGUAUGAAGAUUUAUAUAAAAUAUCACCAUAUUAUAAAAAAAUUAACCAUAAUUUAUAAAGA